AUGGCUGACUUAACCAACACCUUCCCAGCCUUCUCCCUCGCCGGGGUUGCCAAUGCAAAUGGCUACUGCAGUCUCGCUCUGGCAGAGGCGGUACUGGGAUGCGGGACCCUUGAUAUCGAUCUGGGGGGCAGCUCGUUCAAGGCUGAUAUUCUGCCUGACAGAAUCAUCAUCUCUGCUACUGAACCGCUCGAGGAGGAUGCUUUUCGUGCAGAGGGCAGCUCCACCACCGAGACCACCGAGACGACAAGCAGUGCGACAGGCGUUUCUUCUUUGGUAUACCGAUGCGCACCACCAGCUAGUCCGGGUGGGCUGUUGUGGGCGCUUGACCUGCAGCAGGCCUCUACGUCGACAAUUCGAUCGACUGUGACAUCUACCCGGACGAGCACGAGGACUUCGAAGUCGACUUCUACUUCUACCUCGACUAGGACUUCGGCCAGGCCGACGACUUCGACUUUGACGAUCUACUUCAACAUCAACCUCGAGGUCGACUUCCACCUCGACAUCGCGAUCUACCUUGACACCAAGGCCAUCCACCACGUCAACAUCUAUUCCAACUGUCAGGUCAGCGUCUACUUCGACCGUGAGGCCAACCACAACCAUCAGAUCAACUUCGACCUCGACAAGAACCUCGACCAGGACCUCCACGUCCACCUCGACAUCCACCCCAUCACCGGCCCCAAUUUCCCUGGCGCCCCUCGCUUCCCUCCAGGAAGAACACUCCAUACCUCGUCCUCCUCCUCUUCUCCUGCAACCGCCCCCGUAGCACCGCCCGUCUCCCCAACACGACUCCCCGCUCAAGAUCUCCUAUCUCUCCACGGGGUCCUCCACACCAUCCUCGGCCGACGCUCCUACCGCGCCAAGGCACAAGACAAGGACGAACCCGAGCUCAACACCCCCAAAGGCAGCAGCAACCUCGCCGACCCCACCAUCCCUCCUGCCACUCAGGCCGAGGGCGACCAGCCCGAUCUGGCCAAACAAUGCCACCGAACUCAUCUCCUCGUCUUGCCCCCGGCCUGGCGUGUCCAAGCUCCUCGUCAUCAACAUCGACUUGUCGCGCAUCAACAUCGAUCUUGA